AUGAUCGAAACACAUAGCCAAACUGCUCCCCGAUCUGUGGCCACUGGACCACCCGUCAGUAUGAAAAUUUUUAUGUAUUUACUUACUGGUUUUCUCAUCACCCAGAUGAUUGGGUCAGCACUUUUUGCCGUGUAUCUUCACAGAAGAUUGGACAAGAUAGAAGAUGAACGGAAUCUUUACGAAGAUUUUGUGUUCAUGAAAACGUUACAGAAAUGCAACAAAGGAGAGGGGUCCUUGUCCUUACUGAACUGUGAGGAAAUUAAAAGCCGGUUUGAAGCUUUUCUCAAGGAGAUAAUGCUAAACAAAGAAGUGAAGGAAGAAAACAGCGUUGCAAUGCAAAAAGGUGAUCAAGAUCCUCGAAUUGCAGCCCACGUCAUAAGCGAGGCCAGGAGUAACACGGCGUCCGUUCUCCAGUGGGCCCCGAAAGGCUACUACACCAUCAGCAGCAACCUGGUAACCCUCGAAAAUGGGAAACAGCUGGCCGUGAAAAGACAAGGACUCUAUUACAUCUAUGCCCAAGUGACCUUCUGUUCCAACCGGGCGACUUCGAGUCAAGGUCCAUUUAUAGCCAGCCUCUGCCUGAAUUCCCCGAGCGGAUCCGAGAGAGUCUUACUCAGGGCUGCAAACCCCCGCAGCUCCUCCAAACCUUGCGGGCAACAAUCUAUCCACUUGGGAGGAGUCUUUGAAUUGCAUCCCGGUGCUUCGGUGUUCGUCAACGUGACUGAUCCGAGCCAAGUGAGCCAUGGGACCGGCUUCACGUCUUUUGGCUUACUCAAACUCUGAACAGCGGCCCCUCGCAGGCUGCGGCCGAGCUCGUGCUGGUGGUCUUCAGAAUACAGCAAAGAGCAGUGAAGACCACCCCCUGUCGAACUGCCUAUUUAUAACCCUAGGAUCCUCCUCGUGGAGAACUAUUUAUUAUACACCCCCAGGCAUGUAGGGCUGCAGGAAGGGAAUUUCGGGGCGGUGAAGCCCCGGCAGGCCCGGGUCCGUAAGAGUUUAUAUUCUGGAAGCAGCAGGCCCACUGAUGCAGACAUCCAGAGAGUCCCAUGAAAAGACGAGACCAUUAUGCGCAGAUUGGAUUCUGAGUAAACAGCAGAUCGUUAGUCUAAGUUCCGUUUCGUUUCUUUGCAUGCAGUGUCUUCCAGUGGAUAAUGUAUUUGAUUUCCCAGUGAAGAUGCGAAAGGGCAACGGGGAGCCUCAGCUCGCCGUCGGUCCCGGCGGACCCUGGGUCCCAGCCGCCCCGAUGGAGGGGGCAGGCUCUAGAAAGUCUGAUGCAGCGGAGAACUGAAAAACCCUGCCCCCACCAGCCGCCCUGACACUCAUUCUCUCCCUCCUCCGCCCCCCCAGACACACACAGUCAGGCUGUUGCUAUUCGGUUAUCUUAUUUCAACCCUGUCGCGUCGCCACCCCUGUAGGCGGGAGGGGAGAGCAGAGGCGGCGGCUCGGAGGCUGCCCACUCCUCCUCCCGGAAUGACUGUAUUUAAAGGAAAUCUCUCGUAUCUACCUGCAGUCUCCAUUGUUUCCAGAGUGAACUUGUGAUGAUCUUGUUAUUUAUUUUUUUGAAUAAUAAAGUGCCCUUAACGUUA